ACACCCACAUCCGCUCUUUUCACUGGUCUGACCUUCGAGUCCGGCUUGUCUAGUAUCAUCUCGGCUUCGUCAUCUUCUUUGACUACUGACAUACAAUCGCUGGCAUCCGCGUCGAGCGCUGUGCUCCCAUCGGCAUCUUCUCCAUCUAGUAUCAUCUCCGUCUCGUCGUCUUCUGCAAAUGGUGGCGGGGAAAUGCCGUACAGCGCGUUGUCCCUUCAAAAGCCCACAGCUACUGAUGCGAAAUCCCUGGCGUCAACAUCGAGCACCGAAGUCGCAUCGGCUCCCUCACCAUCCAGCUCUGCAUCGACGUUAUCCACUCAGACGCCCGCUGCAUCUUCAGCUAGCAAGUUGUCGUCCUCAUCAACUCGAUUUGCUCUCGCUUCGAGUGUGCUUGCCGCUCCUUCGGCCUCAACUGCUACAGUGGAGGUCUCUAAUCCCUCUAUUCCUGCGACACCUUCCGCAGCCAGCAACGUGUCCACUCUUUCUCAGCCAAGGAUCGUCGUCGUCACCAAGACCGAGUUCACUACCGUCGACCCAACGCCAGCGUCCCCGUCAACUUUGUCCUCAUCUGUUGCGGAAGUAACCUCCGCAAGUCAAGUCGUCACGCCCUCCUCUGCACUUUCUUCAUCCUCAGUCUCCACCCCCUCGCUCCUCAGCCCAAUCCCCGUGGUCACAGUUACGAUGUACACCAUAAUCCCGCCCUCAAGCACUGUAACGCCCUCGUCUAUCCUUUCAUCGCCCGAAACCUCAUCAUCGGCGGCCACUCUCACUCCCUCCGUGCCCUCCUCUCACAUAUCUUCAACCGCGCUCCCAGCUUCCACUUCGCAGGCCUCGGUGCCAACGGAAGCGCCCGCCCCUUCGUCGGCAAGUGCGCCAUCUUCAACCAGCACCCCCGAGCCCGCUUCACCGAGCACAUCCUCCCAGAACGAAGGCAUCACCGUUGUUCCUAUCAAUCCGUCGCAGAUCUUCACGGUCACCGUCACGGAAACGCUGCCUCGGGAAACGGUAACGAUUACGGUGACUGCAAAAUAAUUUCAUUUGUCUUAUAAUCCUUGUUUGGUGCAUAUGGGUGGGAAAAUUGGUUGAGUCUAGUACCCAGCCGGCUAGUUCCGAGCUUUUUCGUGUUUUGUUUUGAAGAGAUAGAAGACUGUGCAUAGGGAGAGAAGGGGUAGGAUAAUGCUUAAUUAGUCAAUCAAAUCUGUCAAAUACUCAGCCACUCAGCA